GGCGCAUGCGCAGAGCGCCCUCCCCGACGGGCGGGAGGGACCAUGGCGGCGCUGGGGGAGGCGCUGAGAGCAGCUGUGGCCGCGCUGCUGCUGCUGGGCUGGGGCGCCCAUGGGCUCUACUUCCACAUUGGCGAGACUGAAAAGCGCUGCUUCAUCGAGGAGAUCCCCGACGAGACCAUGGUCAUCGGCAAUUACCGGACACAACUGUGGGACAAACAGUCCGAGUCCUUCCUGCCCUCCACGCCGGGGCUGGGCAUGCACGUGGAAGUGAAGGACCCCGACGGAAAGGUGGUGCUGUCACGGCAGUAUGGCUCCGAGGGCCGCUUCACCUUCACGUCGCACACGCCGGGCGAGCACCAGAUCUGCCUGCACUCCAACUCCACCCGCAUGGCCCUGUUCGCUGGGGGCAAGCUGCGGGUGCACCUGGACAUCCAGGUGGGCGAGCACACCAACAACUACCCCGAGAUCGCCGCCAAGGACAAGCUGACCGAACUGCAGCUGCGCGCGCGGCAGCUGCUGGACCAGGUGGAGCAGAUCCAGAAGGAGCAGAACUACCAGAGGUACCGCGAGGAGCGUUUCCGCAUGACGAGCGAGAGCACGAACCAGCGCGUGCUCUGGUGGUCCAUAGCCCAGACCAUCAUCCUCAUCCUCACCGGCAUCUGGCAGAUGAGGCACCUCAAGAGCUUCUUCGAGGCCAAGAAAUUGGUGUAACCCCACCACUGCCUCCGGGGGGCUCCCCAAACCCCCCCAACAGGGGAUCCCACUCACUCAGGCCUGGGGGCUCCCCCAGACCCAUCCCACCCCCCCAGGGGAACCCCCAGACCCAU